AGCGUGGAUUCACAUUGCAUGACUGUGCCACACAUACAUACAGAUCACAACAAUAUGAACUGCAGCUGCUGCUGAGUUUUCUACUAAAAUAAGAAAAAAAAGACUUUUGCUAUAGCUGCUGAGUUUGGGAGCUCAAUAAGCUGUCCUGAAGAUAUCAGUUGAAGCCUUAAUUAAGAUUAUCUAACAAUUUAGAUAAAUCAUCCUUUAAAUACACCUUGGGAGGAGUCCAAGGUACAACUAUGAGGUCUCCAGUAACUUGAGAUAGUUUAAUAGCCAAUGCUUUAACAAUACAACCUCUGGUGGGUAUCAACGAGACCAUACUUACGAAGACACAGAGAAAGAUUUACCAUGAUGCAGGAGAAGCUACGAGACGUUCUGCUCAAAGAUGGAAUCAACCCACCUAUUGUACUUGCUGUUGCCUGUGGCUCAGUCACAGUGGUUGUGUUAUGGAAAUGGGUGAUACGUAGAGAGAUUCAGAGGAAAAUGAAAGAAGCCCGUCAAAGGCGAAAUGGCAGCCUGGAACAAAUGGAAAAAGUGGCUUGGAAGCUUAAACAGAAGAAUCCUGGAAUCCAAUCUGAAUUCAUCCUUUCUCUGACACUAACUGAACUGGCAGAAAAACUCAGGGAGGAAAAACUUACUUCAGAGAGUGUCCUGUAUACCUAUAUAAAAAAGGCUCUUGAAAUAACCAAGGAGGUGAACUGUGUAACAGAUUUUCUUCACGGAUGUGAGGAACAGCUCCAGGACCUAAAGAAGCAAAAAGAGAAAGGCUUGCUGUAUGGAAUUCCUGUCAGCAUUAAGGAACACAUUGGAUACAAGGGACACAUCUCUACCUGUGGCUUGGUGCAAUACCUUGACAAAGUAGAGGCUGAUGACAGCGUGAUAGUAAAAGUUUUGAAGAAACAAGGAGCAAUUCCAUUUGUGAAAACGAAUAUUCCCCAGAGCAUGAUAAACUAUGAUUGCAGUAACUUGAUCUUUGGUCGAACAAGAAACCCUUUGAAUCACAAGAAAAGUCCUGGUGGGUCCUCUGGAGGAGAAGGGGCACUGAUUGCAGGAGGUGGAUCCCUCCUGGGCUUUGGGACAGAUGUUGCUGGAAGCAUUCGCCUGCCCUCCAGCUUCUGUGGGCUUUGUGGACUCAAACCAACAGGCUCUCGGUUAAGCACUCUGGGUCUUGCUAGUCCAGUGGCAGGCAUGAAGUCAGUGACAGCAACUAUUGGUCCAAUGGCAAGAGAUGUAGAUAGUCUGGCUCUGUGCAUGAAAGCUCUCUUAUGUGAUGAGUUAUUCCACCUGGAUCCUUCAGUACCACCCUUGCCGUUCAGGGAAGAGAUUUACACCAGUUCAAAUCUCCUUCGGAUUGGAUACUACAAAGAUGAUGGAUACUUCCAGCCUUCCCCAAGCAUGAAAAGGGCUGUUCAGGAAACAAAAAAUCUUCUUCAGGCUGCAGGACACACACUCAUCCCCUUUGUCCCCCCUCGACUUAACUAUGUAGUGGACGAGCUUUUCACUAGAGGCAUCUUUUCUGAUGGAGCUGCAAAUUUACUGGCUAAAUUCAAAGGGGACAUUGUUGAUCCAGGUUUGAAAUCCCAGAUUAACUGCUACAGUAUUCCCACUGUACUGAAAAGGAUUUUGGCACUCAUUUUAAAACCAGUGUAUCCCCGGAUUGCCAGAGAUCUCAGUGCUUUGUGUGGAGUUGGGUCAGCCAAAAACCUUUGGAAGCAACAUGCAGCAGUGGCGGUUUACCGUGAAGAAUUCAUUGCUGAGUGGAGGAAGCUGAAAUUGGAUGUCAUCCUCUGUCCAGUCCUAGGACCAGCUUUUAAUGAAGGCUAUCCUGGGAAACUGUUUGCUGCUACUUCAUAUACCAAUUUAUACAAUGUCCUGAACUUCCCUGCUGGGGUUGUGCCUGUCACAACUGUCACCGAGGCUGAUGAAGAGGAGCUGAAAAAAUAUGAAGGUCAUUAUGCUGACCCCUGGGAUAAACGGCUGAAAGAGGCUGUCACGGAUGCUGUGGGUCUCCCUGUAGCUGUCCAGUGUGUGGCUUUGGCUUGGCAGGAGGAGCUGUGCCUUCGGUUCAUGAAGGAAGUGGAGACCCUCACCUGCAAGAACAGACUGAAAGCAUAAUCUGUUGCCCAGGUUCAUGGUUUCUCUUCAGAUUGGAUAGCCUCGUGCAGCAAAAUGGAAAAUAAUAAACAAUUCAACAUGGCACAAUCAGAACUGGAACAUGCUAUAAAUUCUUUGUACAGUAUGGUCAAGUAUACCUUACUUUAGCAUAUGGCAGAAAUUGGUUGAUCUUAUUUAGACUUUGAAGCUAAGUAGAGCAAAGCCUGGUUAAUAUUUGGAAGAGACAUUAUAAGUGAGCUAUUUUCUGGCAGAGGACAAUGACAAACCAUUUCCAUAAUACUGCAGGAAAAUUACAAGUACGCAUUCACAAAGUCACCAGGAACUGAGCUUGACUUUAUUAUUUUUUUAAAAUAUAACUCAUCUGAAGAAUUCAAAAGGAGCAUAUAUCAAAGGAAGCCUAUUUAUCAGUAUGACUUAGUUCUCCCAAGCAGCAAGUUAGAUGACAAGUCUGUAUCCAAAUGAUACUAUUUUUAAUAAUUGUUUGGGUGCCCAUUUGUUUGGCUUUUGAAAUCACCAGGAAAAAACUAUCAUGUUUGAGAAAAGGCUAGAUUAGACUUUUACUAUCUUCGACCAAGUUUCUAUGCACAGAGAUUUGUUUUGAUUGUGGUAGGGACAAAUAUAGGUACACAAGCACUCUCAUCUUUAGUUUGAAAUUGUGGAUCAAAAUGUACAAGUUCUCUACAUUGUACAUUAUGUGUGAAAACUGAGGCAAAAAUGCCACUGAUAACAUUGACUUUGAAAAGACAUUGGCAGAUUAAAAUUGGAGAAAGGACUAGCCUUGUUUAAGCAAAAGUAGACAAUUUAUAGACUGUGUCAAGGCUCCAACUAACGAACCCUAGCAAAUCAAAACUUUGAAACUUGGCUCUUUCUCAAAGAUCUUCUUUAAUGAGUACAUCAUAUCGGCAUCAAUGGAAA